ACAAAUAUGGCUGACUUUUGUUGAGAAUUUAGGAAAAACUGAAGUUGGUGGGGAAUUCACGAAAUAGAAAGAAUACAAUUAGAUAACAUCAUGAUGAAAACUCAAUUACCAUCAAAAGGCCAGGAGCCAUCUAUGUACCUACAGAGACCAUCUACAGGAAAGUCACAAGAUGUUCGCCACAUUCUUACCAGAACUUUCCGUGAGCUGUAUACAAGAGAUACCGUCCGACCAGAAACUGUUAAAAACCUUCAGGUAUCAAAAGGCGGGGAUGAUCCUUAUCAUGAAAAAUAUGUGGAAUCUUUACAAAAGGUUUAUGAUGAGUGGCAAAAAAGAAUGGAUGAGUCAGCCAUGUUAGAGCGUCAUAUAAUGCAAGCUCAGGCUCGUGCAACGUCAGCUGAUGAAAGAGAAUUAAAUCAGACUUUAACUAGCUGUGAUAAUUAUAGUGAACUCGGAUUACCUCCAGGGCGAUCUAAUUUCCGUUCGUGUAUAGAUACAGAAUUAUUACGAUCGUACGGUUUAAUCACACCAGAAGAUUAUUCCUUAUCACAGCCUGAUUUACAUCCAGCUCCAGAACUAUCAAAAGUACCAAGUUACGCGAGACAAACAGUCACAUCAGAAAAACGUAGUAGAAAGAAUGAAGAAACCGAUGAUUUACCGUUAUUUGUUUUACCGCAAGUGAGAUCUAUGGGAGAUAUGAUGUCCAGUAGUUUUAUUUCUGCGGAGUACGAUACAGAAAGUUUAAAUGAAGUAUUAGAAUUAGAAAGCUAUAUAGAUACCAAUAACUGGAAACUAAAUAUGACCACGGAACAGCGAGAAAAAGAUAGACAAGAUUUGGCCAACAUGAAUGCUAAGAUAAAUUUUCUUCGAAAUCCACGUCACAUACCACCAUCUGCUCCCCCUGGAUGUAGAACUCUCAUUAAACAGUUUAAAAAGAAACCAAAAGAAAUUUGUAUUCAAGAAAAAAUAGAAGAAUUAAAGCCUGUUACACCAUCUUUAAUAUUUAUGGCCUCCCCUCCGGUUGUAUCCUUUACAGAAUAUAAAGUAGGACAAGUUUAUGAGAUUGUUUUAGAAUUAAAAAAUGUAUCCACAGUUUUACGACAGUGUCGUGUUCUACCUCCUAAAUCUUCCUACUUUUCUGUGGGUUUAGGUCAGUUUCCAGGAGAACAUGGUCUAGUGGCGCCCGGCAUGAGUUGUAAAUAUGCUAUCAGAUUUAUACCCGACUCAUUGAAAGAUUUUCGUGAUGAGAUCAUAGUUCAAACUCAGUCGUCAAAACCAAUGAUUAUUCCUGUGGAGGGUAGAAGAGCUCCACCUUGUUUAACUAUUCCACCAGUAUGGGAUAUAGGAUAUUGCCUUGUAAGUGGUUUCCAUAUUCGUCAGUUUGUCAUCAAGAAUGAAGGGGGAUCAGGAAGAUUCUGUUUGAUGCCAAAAUCAUCAUGGCCUGCUGUUAACUUUAAGUCAGCUGUCAGUAAACCAUCCGUUACGAUUGGUCCAUUUGAAGUUCGACCUUCAACCCUUGAACUGUUGAAAGGUCAAACUGGGGUUAUAGAAGUAAUAUUUCAUCCGACAUCAGCAGGAGUAUUUGAGGAAGGGUUGACCAUGGUUUGUGAUAAUUGUAAUGUACAACAUUACACCCUUACAGGUGAAGGUCAGAUGGCGAGCGUAAGUUUAGAAUACGUAGAGAAUGGUGUAAAAGAGCCGCUGCCUGGUGAACUAUGUGACAAAUCAGCUCAACAUCUGAUUCAGUUUGAAGAACUCAACCCAUACACAUAUAUAGAACGCACGGUCAAAGUUAAAAAUCAAACUAAUGUAGAAUUACCGUUUGAAUGGAAAUUUUAUAAACCCCAGUUUAACACCGAAAGAAGUGCCGAGGAUAAAGAGUUGGGUAUUGUUGAAGGUAGUGCUAUUGAUACCAACCCUUCAUUCAGUAUCAUACCUCCAGCUGGCACAUUACAACCUCUGGAAGUAACAGAAUAUCAGCUAACAUUCUCACCAUCUAGUAUUGGUGACUAUCAUAAUGUUUUACAUAUGAUGUUAAAUCAUCUACCACCAGGUAGUGCCAGUUCCACAUCACAAGAUGAAACCACCCAAUCAGAAGAUGACAAGGUUUCUGUCACAUCAUCACAGAAAGAUGCUGUGCUGUUUAAAGAUGUGACAGCGUUAGAAGUUGAAGUGAAAGGACAAUGUGUUCCGUUAAAUAUUGUUCUACAUCCCUACGCUAUUUACAUACCUGGUAAAUUAUUAGUUGGAACAUCAAUUAAGAAAAUAUUCUCGAUGGCAAAUCACAGCUAUUCCACAAUAACCUUUCAAUUUGAACCCCAUACAGAUAAACAUAUCAUAGAAGUUGAACCACCUUAUGGAGAAUUAGAUCCAGGUAUGGCUAUAGAUUUAGAACUGAGUAUAACAGGUGAAGAACCAGGGAAAUUAGAUCAUACUUUAUUCUGUCAUGUCCACAACAUGGAGAAUCCUUUACCUUUACAAAUACAAACCGAAUUCAAGGGACCUGAAAUUAGCGUAGAAGAACCUAACGUUAAUUUUGGUUUAAUCAGACUCGGUGAAACUUCAGUAAGGGAGAUUACUCUAAAUAAUCUCUCACAAUUACCAACCAAGUGGAGCAUAUCAGAUUUUGUCACAGCACCAGCUUCAGAAAACUCCAUGGAAUCUAAUGAGGUAAUGUUUAAUCCAACAUCUGGUGAACUGAAACCUCUGGAGAGAAGAACUAUCUCAAUACAUUUUACACCAUCUAAAGUUGCUACUGUCCAUAGAGUCUUUGAAGUUAGUGUUGAAGAUGGCAAUAAAUGUUCUAUUGCUGGUUAUGCAGAAGUUCAGAGUCCUGCUGUUUGUCUAAUGGAGUGUGAACUAUCACCCAAAGAUAUUUAUGUUGGUGUUCCUGUACUCUGUAAAGCUGUUUUACAUAACCAAACUUUUAUGACUACACACUUUGAAUGGGGCAAGCCUGAAGGAAGAUCUAGUGAGACAUGUAGUAUAGAAAUAGAUCAGAUAAAUGGAAGACUUGCACCUAAAGAAGAAAAAACAAUCACUGUUAGCUUUGUCUCUAGUCAAGUGGGGCUUGUAGAUGAUUUAAGGAUACCCUGUAAAGUUGAAGGUAUGGAUCAACCACUGUGUUUGAGUUUAACUUGUGAUGUUCUUGGCCUUUCUGUUGUAUGUAAAACAUCAGACAGUAAACAAAAUAUGAGUGAGAAACUAGAAGUUGAUUUUGGAGAAGACGUAGACUUGGGAGCUAAUCCUAGACGUUAUUUGUAUAUUUGUAAUGAGACAGCUAUACCAGCUAGUUAUAGUAUAACUGUAACAAACUUCCCUGUUACUCCACCAACUCCACCAGAAAAACGACUUGAUACAACAGGAACAAGUAUGAGAAAAGCUCUACUGGGACGAACCCCUAAUUUGGCGGAUACAGUCUCAGGAGCCAGAGCUCAAUCAGAUUUAUCUAAAGCAGUGUUAAGUAGUGGAUUAGGUGCUGGUUUUAGUGUGAGUCCAGCCAAUGGUAACUUAUCACCGUAUGGAGAAGAAGUUAUAGAGAUAACAGCGUAUAGUAAUAUAUGGGGUAGUUAUACAGAUAACAUAACUUGUAAGGUAGGUGAUAUGGAAGCUAUAACGAUACCAGUUAGUAUGACAGUUGUUGGAUGUCCUCUAAACUUCCAGAUGACAGCGGCAAUACCAGAUCAAAAACCUAUUGUCAGAUUUGGAACUCAUGUAUCUGGUGUCAGAAGUGUUAAAAGAAAUAUGAGAAUCAACAACACGAGUCCUUUUGAUAUUCGAUUGGAUUGGAGAGUGUUUAAUCAAAUGAAAGGAGAUGACCAGCUGUUAGAUUUUACUGUGUGUUACGGCAGAUGUUUUCCAAUACUGGAUCAAGAUGGAAAUGAGAUUAUCAACUCUGAUGAAGAGAUGCCAGCAUUGGAAAGAGCACCAACAGAAUUUAUUCCAAAUUCUCCCGACACAACUCCUGCAGUCAGUCGUCAAGUUACAAGAAUCACAGAAGUGUUGGAAAAAGUUCCUGAGAAAGAUGAGUUAGCUGAAGUGCCUGAAGAUGUUCCAGUUGAAGAAGUAUCAGAUAACGCUCCAGAAAAUGAAAAUAAAACAGGAGGUCCAGAAAACCCUGGAGAGGAAAUUGUUUUAAAAGACGAUAAAAAUGAAGAAGAAGUGAAAGAAACUGAAGAAAAUCCUAAGAUCAUUUCAGUAUUUUUGAAUGCUCAUGAAGGACAGAUUUCUCAACGACCGUAUAAAAUUACACCAGAACAACUGGUUGUACCAGCCAAUGGCCGUGCCCAGGUUUUUGCUGUUUUUACACCACUACCAGCCAAUCAGGUGACCGAUGUUAUGGAUUGUCUUGGUUAUGCUCUAGGUUAUAUGAGUUUAGAUGGAAAGGCUGCUGGUAUACCUGGUCAGGUGUGUAGAAAGGAGGCGUAUGAAGCCUCUACAUUAAGAUUAGAUAUGACAGCACAGCUCAAGCCAGCUCUGUUAACUAUAGAGAAUAAUGAAGAUGAAGGUAUGAGAUAUAGAGCUGUGAUGAGUGAUCUGGUUAAAGAUGGUCAGGCUCAGAAAGAAUCCAUCAAAGUUUGUUCAACGAUUUUAUCAAACAGAACUGAAACGCCUCUAACAUUCCGAUUGUUAGUUAAUAAGCCAUUCUUAUUGGUCGAUUUAGAUUCUUCAUCUAAUAUAGAGGGCAGCACUCGAGCCACGGAGACGUUAUAUAAUACUUUGAAUCCACAGCACAGUUUAAUUGUAAAGGUUGGAUUUCAGACUACAUGUGAACUACUGACAGAUGAUGCACUAAGUGAUAUGGAGGCUCUGGGUUCUGAAUCCGAUAGAAAACUGGAUAUUCAAGAUAACUUGAUCAUAGAAUUUAACAACAUGGCUGAACAGAAAGUUCCACUACACGCCACGUUGUCCGUGCCACAGAUAUACCUGUCCAAACAGUCGUUAGAUUUCGGUACAUGCCUAGUUAAUCAGUGUCGAGUUAUGGAGUUAAUGAUAUCAAACCAUACGUCAUCUCACAGUUUCUGGAAAGUUUCUAUUGAAUCUAAAUCAGAAACGUGUUUAUCAGAUACGUUUGUUGUGGAACCAUCAGAGGGAAUAUUAGAUGCCUAUAUAACUCAUGUCAGUAACAGCAAAUCUUUACUCAAAGUCAAAUUUACAGCCAAACACGCUGAACACUACGAAGUUGUUUUCCUGGUUACAGGAAUCCUGGGAGAAACACCACAGAGGUUAUAUGUCAGAGGUGAAGGGUCAUAUGAUGGAAAACACGAAUCCAUUCUUAACCCUUAAUUAUUAAAUAAUACACAAUUCAUUCCGUCCAUUUUUAAUCCUUAUUUUAUAUUUGCAUCUUGGUAAUAUUGAAAUAGCUGUUAAAGGAGCUAAGUCUCCAACUCAAUAUUUUCAAUAAUAUUUGAAAUUAAAAAAACACAAUUCAAUAUUGAUCCAUUUCAAUCCAUAGUGAUGUUGUUACGUUGCCAUGAUGAUGUGGGAUCCUAAUAUACAAUAUUUAAGACACAAUGAACGAUUUAAAAUAUGGUACAUGAGCCAUGUACCAUAUCAUUUUGGGCGCAAAACCAAUGAACAAAAAACCCCAACAUAUCCUAAAUUACAAUAGGCUACAGCAGUAAAUAGUAAUGCCUGAUUCACAAAUGAUAAAAUAAUAAUAUAAAAAAAACGUGAAGAAUUGGCUAAUUAGGCGUAAACAUUUGUCGUUCAGUUUGUACUGUUCGCAUAUUUCACCGAAAAUAAUUCAUAAGAAAUUACGCUUUAUAUCACGUUUUAUGUACACUCAGAUUACAUUAGUUUGUACUUUUUUAGACCCAUUUAUGGUUAAAAAAAAUAGAGCGAUAUGCCCUUUAAUGGAUUUGAUAUGCGAAUUGCUGAAAUAAAUUGAACCAUGUGUUAGUCCUGAGGUGACCUAGUUUGUGUCGAGUGGACGUUAAACCCCAGUUCUGUCUCUUUCACAUCUUGGCGUGAAUUAAACUAAGCCCUGGCAAUCAAGAUAUUGUCCACAAAUAGCAAAUAAGGAACAGCCGGUCUAAUAAGACUAUUUUAAUUAAAUCAACAUAAUAUUAAUUUCUUAGAUUAUUUAUGUUUUUUUUAUUAAAUACAUUUGAAUUGUUAAUAUUGAUGUAAAAUAUCUAAUAAGACUUCUUAAAUUAAACCAACCUGAUAUAAAUUUCUUAGAUUAUUUAUGUUUUUUUUAAAUACAUGUGAAUUAUAAAUAUUGAUGUAAAAUGUAUUUAAUAUAUUUGUAUGGCAGCCCUGGUAAUCAGCAUUAUUAAAGAUACAUUAUGGGAGAUUAGAUAAAGAAUUGACUGUUCUGGCUAUAAUAGCUAAAAAAUAGAUUACGUAAAUCUAAGAUGUUGAAAAUUUCAGUCAAAUUGCUCCACUAUGUACUGAGAUUAUAGCUUUUGAAUUUUAAGCCUAGCCUCAUUACUAAAGUCAUUAGGAUAAAAAACAUAAUCUUGAUUAUCCAUUUUUGGAUUUAAUCAUCAGUGAGCCUUGAGCAGCAGAUUGGAUUCCAAUCCCGUGAAAAUCUGACACAUAAGAUGACAUCGAGAGUUGAUUAUGGUUUGGAUAAGUUAAUUAAUGUCUAAUUAAUAAUUUAGAUAACAUUUAAGGCCUAAAGAAAGACCUGCAAUAGGCAGAUUUAGCUCUUGUAUAAUGUAUGUUUAACCAUGAUUACCAUAUUUUAUAGCAAUUAUAUAAUAUAGAGGAUUGUUUCAAUGGGUCUGGUUUCUUCAAAUGCAACCUUUGGUAUUUUUGCCGUUGUAAUUAUAUUAAAUCUAUAACUAUUAUACACCUCUCAAACCAGCAUUGAUUACACUUUUUUGGAACUGUUCAGUUCAGUUUAAUCAAAGUGGAAUUCAAAGAGAAACUGGGGCAGAUUCAGGAAUUUUUACGGGAGGGGGUUCGCCAGGUUCCUGCUAAGGAAAUUUGACGGUUCACAAUGCAUGAUGCCAUCGUCUCCAAAUUAUGUAGGCAUAUAUAUACUGUUUUUUUUUUAAGAGAGUAACCCAACACACCGUUUAAGGUCAAUUAUUAUUAUGAAUUAAUAGGAUCACAUUGUAAUUUAAUUUCAUUGAUGCAAAGCUUUUAAUUGUGAUAUCAGUGAUAUCAUGUCUAUAUCAUUAUAUCACGCUUUGAAUGCUCAUCCCAUCCUACUAUCUGAUCAUGAAGGAUAAUGCAUACGACCGUGACAUUACAAUUUCUUUCAUUGUAGCAGAGCAGGGGAGAGGUUAGGGUUAGGGUCCUACUUUGCUGCUCAAACCGGGCUAAUGAUGACAGAAACUUUACUGCUAUGAUUCCUAUGACUAAAUACAUGUAACUAUUCAGAUACACCAGGUUACCAUUGUAAAUGUUACAGUAUUUGAUAAGUUGAUAAUAUUGGUUGUCAUAGCUACACGAAUAUUGCUAUAUAAAGAUGGAUUAUAACUUAUUAACUGUGAUAUUAUGUUUUAGAAAUUAUAUUCUAUAUUUUGAACUAUUUAUUGUGAAUCAUUAUGGAAUAACAUAUGAACUACUGAAAUGAU